AUGUUCCAUAGUUUACCUGAUAAAUCGAAAGAUGGAACACGCAUCCCCGCUAUUGGAUUUGGAACGUACAAGAUGGAUUUAGUCGUAAAGACUGCACUGGAUGCCGGUUAUCGUUUGUUUGAUUGCGCUCACGUCUACCAAAACGAGGCUGAAUUCGGUCGUUGUCUUGCUGAGCAUUCCAAGGCUCAGGGUAUCUCUAGAGAAGAUCUGUUCGUAGUUUCAAAGCUGUGGAACACCUAUCACCGGCCGGAGUUGGUUACCAAGGCUUGCAAACAAACUCUCAGUGGUUUAAAACUCGAUUAUCUGGAUUUGUAUCUGAUCCAUUGGCCCGUAUCGCUUGAGGCGUUGUUCCCCACGGAUGAAAAUGGACUUGGGCGUUAUGAUAAUGUUUCCCUCGAGGACACUUGGCGAGCAAUGGAGGAAUUGGUUUCGUCAGGUCUGGUCAAAUCAAUCGGAUUAUCGAACUUUAAUAAGAGGCAAAUUCAGCGCAUUUUGGAUUGCUGUAGCAUUCGUCCAUCGAAUCUACAAGUCGAGAGUCACCUAGCGUUCAUGAAUGACCCAAUAAUUGACUAUGCCAAAUCCGUCGGUAUGACUGUUGCGGCAUACUGUCCCCUGGGAGCUCCUGCAAAACGGACUGAUGAGGAGAACAUACUCAAAUGGCCAGUUGUUUGUCAAUUGGCCGAAAAGUAUGGUAAAACGCCCGGUCAGAUACUUUUGCGGCAUGCUGUUCAACGCGGUUUGAUCGCCAUUCCGAAAAGUUCUAAUCCUGGACGGAUUAGGGAAAAUAUAUCGGUAAGUUAUUUCAUACAGUGUUGCUUGUAUUCAUCACCGAUUAAAACUAAUAAUCAGCUUUUAAAUAUGGUUUUACAUUGGUUAUUCCCAAAUAUACCGUGA